AUGGAUAACAAGCGGAAAAUAUCUUCCUCCCGUAAAAUGUUCCCUUUGCGACUGAGCUUGGUCGCCUUGGCGUUGACCUCGGUGGCUUUGGUCAAGGCUUUGCCUCAACAACAAAAUAAUCAAGUAGCUUCAACUCCCACUCGGGCACCAAGUGGUUUUGCCCAUAUUGUUACACCCGAUCCCAAUGGUGGCAAUACAAUAACCGGUUCCAUAAGCGGUCGCCAACAAUGCAACUGUGUCCCCUAUCACAUGUGUGAUCCAUCUACCAAUUCCCAAACAUCUAAUGGCCAGGAGGAGACACCCACCGAUGAUGUUUCGCUGCUAAUUGAUAUUCGCUUCAAUGCCGAUGAUCCCGUGUGUCCACAUUUCUUGGAUGUCUGCUGUGAUGGUGCCAAUACCCGCGAUGAUAGCAUUACACCCACACCACAGGAGCAGAAACCAAAUCGUCCCAAAGGUUGUGGUAUUCGCAAUGUUGGCGGUAUUGAUUUCAACAUCACCGGGGCUUUGGAUAAUGAAGCUGGGUUUGGUGAAUUCCCCUGGACUGUGGCCCUCUUGGAUUCUGGUAAUUCCAGUUAUUUCUGUGCGGGGUCCUUGAUUCACCCCAGCGUUGUAUUGACUGGGGUCCAUUGUGUCAUUAAUCGUCCAUUGAAUAGUUUCAAAAUUCGUGCUGGUGAAUGGGAUACCCAAACGACCAAGGAACGUUUGCCAUAUCAGGAAUCGGCACCAGCCAAGGUGGUGCAACAUCCUCGCUAUAAUCCCCGCAAUGUGGGCUAUGAUUUUGCUUUGAUUAUUCUGCAGACACCCUUUACCUUGGGCGAUCACAUUAAUGUGGUGUGUUUGCCACCGGCAAAUAGUGUACCCAUCUCUGGAACUACCUGCUUCUCAACCGGCUGGGGUAAAGAUCAAUUUGGUGCCCAAGGACGGUUCAGUGCCAUUAUGAAACGUUUGCCACUACCCAUUGUGGAGUUCAAUCAGUGCCAGUCGAAAUUCCGUACAACACGUUUGGGACCGAAAUUUGUUCUGGAUCCUUCGUUUAUUUGUGCCGGUGGUGAGGUGGGCAUUGACACGUGCCAGGGUGAUGGUGGUGCUCCAUUGGUUUGCCCCACUGGUCCAGCAGCGGAGAAUCGUUAUCAACAAAACGGCAUUGUUGUUUGGGGUAUUGGCUGCAACGAUCCCAUUCCAGCGGCCUACGCCCAUGUGGCACUGGCCCGCAGCUGGAUUGAUGAACAAAUGUAUGCUCACAAUUUUGAUACUACUUCGUAUAGUAUUUUCUAAAAAAGAAAAAU